GACCCGCCAAAAACAUGGGGGAGAUUCGGAUUGAUGGGACACCUUGGACCUUGACCUGUGAACUGAUCUCGCUAACCCUAUUCUCGAUUUUACCGCUAGUUUGUUCACUGGACCCUUUGCCAUCCUUUUGUUUGACGGUGUAUCCACGUUCUUCUUUCUUCCUGUCCAUCUCUGGAAUCUGUCUUUUCUUUCUUUCCUUUUUCCUUCUUUUCUUUCCCCUCGAAUCAAAAGUCCUACCUAGGUUGAGAGCCAAUUUGGGUUCAGAUAAAUGGACGUUCGCCAUGUCUCUGUUUCCUGAUCGCGCCUUAGUGCGCCCGCAAUGCCAUGUCAAGGCCAGACGCAACCCCAAGCCGAAACCGGUCGCGCUGAGCCAAAGAAAUUCGCUACUGAAGCGCACUUCGCUGCCAUCCCUGUCUUCUGUGGUUAAGGGUUCUUUGGCCUGGGCCGGUGAUAGGUGGUAUGGCACUUCCGAGUCGGAUCGUCCCAAGGAGAAUCACAAUGGCCUUACCGAAACGGAGGCCCACCGCCAGUCGCUAUAUUUCAAAAUGCGCACCGCUGUGUUGUACGAGGAGUGGAAGGAUUGUGCCUCCAAGUUGGAUGAGCUGGAGGAUCACGAAUCCUGGAAGAAGACGUUCGAGAGCACCGAAUACGAUGCCUGUCUGAUACAAGAACGCCUGAAACAACUCCAGGAUGCGCGCGCCAGCUCCGAUGUCAGUCGCAUGUUGUUCCUCAUCCGCACGUCACUAAGCCGCGAUUUGGGCAACAUGUCCAACCCCGCCCUCUACAGCCACUCCCAUGCGGGAACCAAGGUGCUUGUCGAUAAAUACAUCACGGAGGCCGUCGAGACGAUCUCGACGCUGGCCGAUCUUGCGGGGAAGGGCCGAUGCGACGGGCUGGAACUGAGGUAUAUUCUGGACCAACUUCUCGCGGCGCGACAAGCCUUUGGACGCAGCGCUUUGCUAUUCUCGGGCGGGGGUACGUUUGGGAUGAAUCACAUUGGCGUUCUCAAGUCUCUCUGGCAGGCCAACCUCCUUCCUCGCAUCAUGUCCGGUGCCUCGGCGGGCAGCAUCGUGUGUUCCGUUUUCUGCACCCGCACGGAGGAAGAGAUUCCCGAACUGCUGGAAAAUUUCGCCUAUGGAGACUUCGACGUCUUCGGUGAGGAUGAUGGAACAGAGAGUAUUCUGCAGAUGAUCUCGCGGAUCUUGAAGCAUGGAACCUUUAUGGAUAUCCAGCAUCUGGCCAAGUUCAUGCGAGGCUGGUUGGGCGAUAUAACAUUCCAGGAGGCGUAUAACCGCACACGUCGCAUUCUCAACAUUUGCGUCUCCAGUGCGGGGAUCUACGAACUGCCCAGGCUGUUGAAUUAUAUCACCGCGCCUAAUGUGCUCAUCUGGUCUGCGGUUGCCGUUUCCUGCUCGGUUCCCUUGGUGUUUCGACCAUUCGACCUGAUGGCGAAAGAUCCCCAGACCGGGGAAGUGGUUCCUUGGUAUGACCUGUGUCGACAGUACAUCGAUGGCUCGGUCGACGGGGAUCUGCCAAUGACCCGUCUAUCGGAAAUGUUCAACGUGAACCAUUUCAUCGUGUCGCAGGUUAAUCCGCAUGUGGUUCCAUUCCUUCCUAAAAGCGUUGAUCCCAACGAGACGAAGGCUCCUUCUCGUACUUUGAACUGGGUCCAGAAUGCAACCCAGCUGGCGAAGGAUGAAUUGCUGCAUCGUAUGAUGGUUAUGGCGGAGAUGGGAAUUUUCCCAACCUCGCUUAGCAAAGCCAUCUCGAUCGUGAAUCAGAAAUACUCCGGGGACAUCAACAUAUACCCCGACGUUCCAUACAAUCACUUCCCACUCAUCCUAAAGAACCCGACGACAGAAUUCAUGCUGGAGGCGUGUCUCAGUGGAGAGCGAGCGACAUGGCCGAAGAUCCGGGAGAUCCGAAACCACUGUGCUAUCGAACUGGCCUUGGACUCGGCUAUUCAGAAAAUGCGAACUCGAGUCACCUUCAGUCGGAGUCAGGUGGAUUUGAGAACUCUUCAUUUGACCGACCGGCAGUCAGAGAAUCUCGACCGCAAUGGAGUGCGACGGGCCGUGCUCAACCGCAGAAGCUCAUACGGCCACGAGGUUGAAAAAGCCAAAAAGAUGAAAUUAAAUGCGGCUCACGCAAUGCGACCGGAGCUGAGGAGAACAUGCAGCGCUGUGUCCUCCAGCGCUUCGCCGGACAUGUCGACAGACCACGAGUUGGAGCCUGAGCACGAGCGUCACGCGGGGAGCCCACAUAGCCACUUCCCCAGUCCCAGCGACGAGUCAUCCCUCGCGGAUUCGGACGGCGAUGACGAGCCGCUGCUGCCGUCUCUGCAACGACCCGGGCUUAUGCAACAGCCGGCGUCUGGGGAGUCGAGACCUUCUGACCGUCCGAUCCACUGGCCUGUCUCGCCGCACACCUUCUACUCUCGACGACUGUCCACUGGGGCGCUUUCUCGCCAUUCCUCCCGGCCGACGGACCCACCCUCUUCGUUGGACCAAACACCCUCCACAAAGACGAUGUCACCGACACAGAAUCAGAAUCAUCUGCUACAGAUGACGCCUACCAAGGCGGCGGGGGCUCCGUAUACAUCGUUUCACUACCUUAAGAACUGAUUUCAUUGGCUUUGGAAAAUGACCGGCGUCUUUCUCAGAGCAGGAGAUCUGGUCUGAGACAGAUUCGAGGUCAUUUUGACGUCUACAUUUAAAACCCAUGUUUUGACUCGCUCCUGGGGAGCUUUCUGCUGGCGACAGAUUUCGUUUCGUUUGAUGACCCCUCAUUUUCGCUUGGUCACCUUCUUUUUGCUUUUUUCAGUCAUUUGCCGUGCAUUUUGAAUCUAGUUACCCCACGCAUUAUCGAGCCUUGGAGUUUGGUCCUUCCUAGGGAUUCCCUAGAUCUGUUUAACGCCGCCCUCGCACUACCUCACACUUGCAUUAUAUCUCGAAGACCGGCGUUACUGAGAGGAGUCAACAUAGAUACCAUGUACACUGU